GAUCACAUAAAGAGUUAAUUAAUUCACAUUUAUAAUUUUGUUCCAAAAAGUCGUUCCAGUUUCAAACGUACGUUUUCUCUCUGACUUCAAGUGAUUUAAUUACAAUCUGACCAUCAAAUUGUCUUGGAAUGACAAGUUGGUUGAUUAUUUAGUAAAUAAGAAAAUUGAAUUGUUUUCUAUUAGUGUUGAUCAUUUUGUUUUGGAAAUCGAUGAAGAUGAAGACAAUUAUUAAUUAUACCUGUUCCUUGUUUUGUUUAAUUACUCUGAUCGCUACUUCCUUAAUCGUGUAUUUAUCUUGUUACAUAUUCCAACAUCAUUAACCCUUUUCAUUGAGUCCAAUGUCCUGUUAAUCACAUCAGCUAAUUAAAUAGAAAAAAUUUUCUUCUAUAAAUAAUCGUCAAAAUGAAAAAAUGGAAACAGUUCUUCUUGGUAAAUCAUCAGACUUUUUUGAACUGUUCCUGAAUUGAGCCUUUGAACUAUGAAUUUGGUGUCCGCCAUUUUGUUCAUUGUUUUUACUUCUCUAACCAUUUUCUUACAAACUAAUUGUUUCCAACAACAACAAUUACCCAAAGUUAACCAUGAUUCAUUAGUCUAUUCCAAGUACCAAUUACUUUCCUGGUCGAUCAAUAGACUUGAUAAAGAUUCUAUUUUACCUUCAACAUUAAGAAGAGAAGCAAGAAGUGACAAAUUCAGUUCUUUCAAAGAAGAUGAAGAAAACGAUGAUGAUAAUGAAGAUUUUCAACAGAAAAAAAGGAAAGAGAUGAUGAUUGUUGAUGAAAAAUUGACCCGAAAACGAAGAGAAAGAAUCAACACCCGAAGAGAAGACCAAAGAGACGAAAACAUUGGAAAUUAUUCCAAUAGAAUUGGAAAACAUAAACGAGAUGAAAUUCGCUCUAAAUCAACUAAAGACGAAAACACUCACGAAAGAAACGAAGAUUAAAUUGGAAUCAACAAUUAACAUUGACUAUAAAUCUGGUUAACAGUUUUCCGAACAAGGUAUGAGUUGAUUUAACUAAAAUCAACAACUUAUCAGCUGAGUGAAUUUUUUUUUCUCUUCAUUUGAUUAUCCAAUUGAUUGGUGGCAAAAAAUUGAUUUAACCUGUAACUCCUCCACCAUAGUUUCCGUUUCCCCUGUAAUUAGUAUCGUUACUAUAAAACAUAAUAAUUGUACUAAUCAGACUCAUACUUUGAUUAAUCUUUCAUAUUCAUUGUUUUUGUUUUCACAUUCAUUAUCCUCCCAACCUUUGAUUGUGAACAAUCAACUUUCUAAAUCAUUUUGUGUGUUCAUCAAGUGUUUAUUCAUUUAACCAAAUUAAUACCAUGUAAUUAGUUAAUUCAACAAUUAACAAAUCUAUCCGGACCUUUAUUAUUACUGUAAUCAUAUAUUUCUAAUCACAAUGAUCAUCUCUAAUCAAACCGAAGCGAUAAUUACCUUUUCAAUUGCUCUGUUAAUUGGAAUCAUUGGUUCCAUUGGUAAUUUUUUGGUCAUUUUAUGUUUAACCAAAUAUUCAACGACUUUAAUUAAACAACCAACCACCAAACUCGUAAUUAAUUUAAGUACUUCCGAUCUUAUUUUCUGCCUUUUCAAUGUUCCCUUAACGGCAACACCAUUUCUCACUCGAAAUUGGCCUUUUGGUCAAUUCGUUUGUCACCUUUACCCUUAUUUUUACUAUGGCAACAUCGCUGUUUCCCUUUUGUCCAUAACUUUCAUCGCAAUCAACAGAUUGGUUAUCAUUAUUGUUAAUAGUCGAUCAAAUAAUUUCUAUUGCAAUCGAAAUCUUUUGAUUAUGGUAAUAAUUACCUGGAUCAUUCCAUUCACAAUUCUAUGUUUACCUUUGACCCAUACCUGGGGCUAUUUCGGUUACCAGGAGAAUCUGUUAACAUGUACAAUUAUGGGAAGUGAGGCAUUGAAAGAUUUCCUUUUCCUGAUUAGUUUCGUUAUUCCUUGUGUAACAAUUAUCCUUUGCUAUGGAAUCAUUUGGUUUAAGGUUCGUUCUCAUACACGAAAUUUGGCUGAUAAAGGGAUAAAUCGAAGCCAAAGAGAAAUGAGAUUAACCAAAUUAAUGUUCACCAUUUUCGCUGUUUUCGUUAUAUGUUAUGCACCUUCAGUAAUCCUUCAAAUAACUUCAGCUUCAACGAGGCAUCCUUACCUUUACAUACUCUCUCUUUGGUUGGUGUUGUUUAGCGCCUCCGUUAAUCCGAUAAUUUAUUUCAUCAUGAAUCCACAAUAUCGAAAUGCUUUCCGUCGCCUCCUCAACCGAUCAAUGGAACCAACUGGAAUCACUUCUGAACAUUCAACUAAUUCACAAAAAAAGUAGAAAAAAAGAUCCAUCACAAUUGGUUGAUUUCUGAACGACAUUAGUUACAAAUUGUUGAUCUUGAUUGUUGAUAUUACUU